CAGCACCAGCACCAGCAGCAGCACCAGCUCCAGCACCAGCAGCAACACCAGCUCCAGCACCAGCGGCAGCACCGGCGCCAGCAGAGAUGAACUCUAUUCCCAAUGGGAAAGGCCAUGAGCCUGGGGAGGAAACCACAGCGGCAGCCAAAAUACCACCAGGAGACACCACAGUGCAGGAAAUUGUUCCUAAUAGUGUCCAAAAUGUCAGAAGUGAGGAUCCAGAGGCGAACCUUGCAGAGAGCCAGGAGUUCCUGUCUAGCAUGGAGGACAAGAAGACCACAGGCUUCACAGACUUUGAGGGGAAGACCUCUUUCGGAAUGUCAGUAUUCAACUUGGGCAACGCCAUCAUGGGAAGUGGAAUUCUGGGAUUGUCGUACGCCAUGGCCAACACAGGGGUCGUCCUAUUCCUGGUGCUCCUGACGGUAGUGGCUGUCCUCUCAUCUUACUCCAUCCACUUGCUACUCAAGUCCUCUGGCAUUGUGGGUAUCCGGGCGUAUGAGCAGCUGGGCCAAAGGGCAUUUGGAACGCCAGGCAAGAUGGCCGCCGGCAUCGCCAUCACACUGCAAAACAUCGGAGCCAUGUCCAGUUACCUGUACAUUGUGAAGUAUGAGUUCCCUCUGGUCAUCCAGGCCUUCCUGGGGGUUGACAAUCCAUCAGGUGAGUGGUACCUGAAUGGGAACUACCUGGUCAUCAUGGUGUCCAUCAGUGUCAUCCUGCCUCUGGCUUUGAUGAAGCAGCUAGGGUACUUGGGCUACACCAGUGGCUUCUCCCUCACCUGCAUGGUCUUCUUCCUCAUCUCGGUCAUCUAUAAGAAGUUCCAUACCCCCUGUCCCUUUAUAGACUUUGCCUUUAACAGCACAGCCAGUGUGAUUGCUGUUACCAACGACACGGGUUACAACCAAGCCUGUGUUCCCAAAAUGGUCAACCUCAACUCACAGACUGCCUACACCAUCCCCAUCCUGGCGUUUGCCUUUGUAUGCCAUCCUGAGGUCCUGCCCAUCUACACCGAGCUCAAAAACCCAACCAAGCAAAGGAUGCAGCAUGUGUCCAACAUCUCCAUUGUAGUCAUGUACACCAUGUACUUCCUGGCUGCUCUGUUUGGAUACCUGACCUUCUAUGGUGAGGUGGAGUCAGAGCUGCUGCACACCUACAGCCGUCUGGACCCGUACGACACCCUGAUCCUCUGUGUCCGUCUGGCCGUGCUCACCGCUGUCACACUCACCGUCCCCAUAGUGCUCUUCCCUGUAAGGAGAGCCAUCCAGCAGUUGUUUUUCCCCAACAAGACAUUCUACUGGCCCCGCCACAUUGCCAUUGCUGUCACCCUGCUCACCCUCAUCAACAUGCUGGUCAUCUUCGCCCCUAACAUCCUGGGCAUCUUCGGCAUCAUCGGUGCCACAUCUGCCCCCUGCCUCAUCUUCAUCUUCCCUGCUGUCUUCUACAUCCGCAUUGUACCCGAAGAGGAGGAGCCCAUGCGCUCUACCCCCAAAAUCCUGGCUGCCUGCUUCGCUGGAAUAGGCUUCCUGUUUAUGGUAAUGAGCCUCAGCUUUAUCCUCAUUGAUUGGACGUCGGGGAGUAGCAAAGCCAGCAGCGGUCAUUAGGCUCCUUCUAUAAGUCUUCUGUUUUUAUAUUGUAAAUCUAGACCUGUGUUGUAUUUUCUCUGUGUUGUCAUGGAUCAUAUUUAGUAGAAGAUGCACUAUCUCUUCCUCCAGAAUGAGUGGGCCAUAGUGUCUAGAGAUGGGGAAUUCAAUCUUCUGGAGGUUUCUGCUCCCCGUUGGACUGCUUCUCACUCAAAGUCCAUGGAAUUGUAGCCCCAGCCAAACUGUGUAUAGAGGGAAAGGCCAACAUACUUUCCUGGGGAAGACGAUAGUGCAUUAGAAAGAAAUGGAAAGUCAUGCUGGCUUGCUGAAUCUGCCACCACCUUCCAUUCCAGGCCAGCCCUGCCCUCCAGACCAGACCCAUAAUCUAUUACCCUAUAAACGUGUAAUCUGUCAAUCACAGCAAGAAUUUAACUGCCACACUCUAGUCUAGAUAACCACAUAGCUUUCAGUAGGGGAGAAGAAGACACAACAGAUUGUUGGAGGCUGGGCAGUUCUUUCAUAUUUGUAGGCCAAGUCUACUGUGUUAAGUUAUUGAUGUAGUUAGGUCAUGGCAAUAUUCGGUACAAUAGCUGAGGGAAUGUGGCAUUAAAAGCUAUUGGACAGAGGCAGAGCGGUGGUUACUGUGGCAACGUCCAGUGACCCGUGCUGGUGUUGUCACCCCGAUGGCCAGAUGCCAUCCUUCAUCUACACGCUCGGCUUCAUUCCUCACAGAUAUCAGAGGAUGGAACCAUGCAACUGAUAUGCAACUCUACAGUGUGUGCAGUCUUAUGACUCUACCAUUACAAUACAGUAUGAUAUAUAUACAGUAUCAGUCAAAAGUUUGGACACACCUACUCAUUCAAGGGUUUUACUUCAUUUUUACUAUUUUCUACAUUGUAGAAUAAUAGUGAAGACAUCAAAACGAUGAAAUAACACAUAUGGAAUCAUGUAGUAGACGAAAUCGUGUUAAACAAAUCAAAAUAUAUUUGAGAUUCUUCAAAGUAGCCACCCUUUGCCUUGAUGACAGCUUUGCACAUUCUCUCAACCAGCUUCACCUGGAAUGCUUUUCCAACAGGAGUUCCAACAUAUGCUGAGCACUUGUUGGCUACUUUUCCUUCACUCUUCACAAACUCAUCCCAAACCAUCUCAAUUGGUUUGAGGUCAGGUGAUUGUGGAGGCCAGAUCAUCUGAUGCAGCACUCCAUCACUCUUCUUCUUGGUCAAAUAGCCCUUACAGCCUGGAGGUGUGGUGGGUCAUCGGGUGGCAGGUAGCCUAAUGGUUAGAGAGUUGGACUUGUAACCGAAAGGUUGCACAAUCGAAUCCCUGAGCUGACAAGGUAAAAAUAUGUCGUUCUCAAGGCAGUUAACCCACUGUUCCUAGGCCGUCAUUGAAAAUAAGAAUUUGGUCUUAAAACCUGUUACGGCUAGACGUUCCGUUAGCGGAAAUUGCAGAGCGCGAAAUUCAAAAUAAAUUAUUAGAAAUAUUUCACUUUCAUAAAAUCACAAGUGUAAUACACCAAAUUAAAGCUUAACGUCUUGUUAAUCCAGCCACCAUGACAUAUUUCAAAAAGGCUUUACCGCGAAAGCAAACCAUGCGAUUAUCUGAGGACAGCACCCCAUCAUACAAACACGUAAAAUCAUAUUUCAACCAAGCAUGUGCGACACAAAAUUCAGAAAUAACGAUAUAAUUCAUGCCUUACCUUUGAAGAUCUUCUUCUGUUGGCACUCCAAUAUGUCCCAGAAACAUCACAAAUGGUCCUUUUGUUCGAUAAACUCCGUCUUCAUAUCCCCAAAAUGUCCAUUUAUUUGGCACGUUUGAUUCAGAAAUACACUGGUUCCAACUCGCACAACAUGACUACAAAUUAUCUAAUAAGUUACCUGUAAACUUGGUCGAAACAUUAAACAACUUUCGUAAUCCAACUUUAGGUAUACUAAAACGUAAAUAAUUGAUCAAAUUUAAGAUGGAAUAUACUGUGUUCAAUAGCGGAUAAAAUCAAUGUGGAGCACGCAACAAACAAAAGAGUACACUUGGCUUGACACACAGAAAGGAAAGGGCUACUUCUUGAUUUCUCUAAGGAAAAAUAUCACCCAAUUACUAAAGACUGUUGACAUCUAGUGGAAGCCAUAGGAACUGCAACCAGGUGGCUCAUAAAUCUAGUUCCCCAUAGAAAACUAAUAGAAAACACAGUCACCUCAAAAAAAAUUCCUGGGUGGUUUGCCCUCGGGGUUUCGCCUGCCAAAUAAGUUCUGCUAUACUCACAGACAUAAUUGUAACCGUGUUUGAAACUUUAGAGUGUUUUCCAUCCAAAUAUACCAAUUAUAUGCAUAUCCUAGCUUCUGGGCCUGAGUAGCAGGCAGUUUACAUUGGGCACGCUUUACAUCCGUAAGUGAAAAUACUGCCCCCUAUCCCAAAUAGGUUUUAACUGACUUGCCUAGUUAAAUAAAGGGAAUGAAAAAUGUUGCCCUGUUGAUAAAUGAUAGUCAAACUAAGUGCAAACCAGAUGUGAUGGUGUAUCACUGCAGAAUGCUGUGGUAGCCAUGCUGGUUAAGUGUCCCUUGAAUUCUAAAUAAAUCACAGAUAGUGUCACCAUGCUUCAUGUGGGAACCACAUAUGCGUUCAUCUACUCAGUGUCUCACAAAGACACGGCAGUUGGAACCAAAAGUCUCAAAUUUGGACUCAUCAGACAGAUUUCCACUGGUCCAUUGCUCGUGUUUCUUGGCCCAAGCAAGUUUUUUAUUUUUAUUGGUGUCCUUUAGUAGUUUUUUUUGCAGCAAUUCGACCAUGAAGGUCUGAUUCACGUAGUCUCCUUUGAACAGUUGAUGUUGAGAUGUGUCUGUUACUUGAACUCUGUGAAGCAUUUAUUUGGGCUGCAAUCUGAGGUGCAGUUAACUCUAAUGAACUUAUCCGCUGCAGCAGAGGUAACUCUGGGUCUUCCUCUCCUGUGGUGGUCCUCAUGAGAGACAGUUUCAUCAUAGCGCUUGUUGGUUUUUGUGACUGCACUUGAAGAAACUUUCAAAGUUCUUGACCUUUUCGGCAUUGACUGACCUUCAUGUCUUAAAGUAAUGAUGGACUGUUGUUUCUCUUUGCUUUUUUGAGCGGUUCUUGUCAUAAUAUGGACUUGGUCUUUAACCAAAUAUUGCUAUCUUCUGUAUACCACCCCUACCUUGUCACAACACAACUGAUUGGCUCAAACGCAGUAAGAAGGAAAGAAAUUCCACAAAUUAACUUUUAACAAGGCGCACCUGUUAAUUGAGAGAAUGCCAAGAGUGUGAAAAGCUGUCAUCAAGGCAAAGGGUGGCAACUUUGAAGAAUUUCAAAUCUCCAAUAGGUGUGUCCAAACUUUUGACUGGUACUGUAUAUACAGAUAUAUAUAUAUAUAUAUAUAUAUA